AUGUACCAAGCUGCUUGGUUCUUCAGCGGCGCGUGGCUGCAGAACAAGUGCAGCACAUGCCAGUUACCGCAGCUACGGCGGGCCACGGACGAUCGCGGUGCCUGUCGACUUUUUGUCCGCCUGCUCGGCGCAUCUGUUCCAGGCCUUGCAGAGCCAGGACUCUUGAUGCGAGAGCAUCCGUGCGUGGAGGUUGCAUUUGGUGACGCUGUCAAGGCCAAGCCUCGAGGAACUCGAGAGCUUUUUCGGGUGGAUCCCGCGCAACGCAAGGUCCGAAAAGAGAAUUCAGCUCCCACCAGCCUUCAGGACUGUGAAUGGCGCCUUGGGGACACGAUGGUUUUCACCGUGCAGCUCUCGGAGCUUGCUUCGGGGCUUUCCCUGCGCUUGUACACGAGGAGUGACAUGCGCCUCGGGCCCCUCCAGCUAGACCUGGCUCGGCCAAGUCAAGUUGGGUGCUGCACCCUUGAUCUGAGGCGCCGCAUCCUGCCAGCCUGCUCUCAGCAGAAAAUGGCGGAGGUCGCUGGCAAGAAUCGAGAAAGCGACAUGGAAAACAACAGCGGCCUGACCCCUUCGCAAGAGCUCUGGGAGUCCGAAGAGAUGCCACUGCCACUGGUUACUGCAGAUGGAGCGGAUGAAAGGGCAUGGCUUCUGGUAAGUUUUGCCUUGUCGGUGAACCCCAGCUGGCUUGAGAAGCUGGCGUCCCGGGCAGACAGGACCCUUGUCGAGAGAGUUUCGGACGGUGUCUCGCAUUUGGGCCGUCAAGCGCAGCCGGCCUUGCAGUGGGCAUCGGACUGCUGUGCUGCAGAAACUGCCAGGAGCACACAAGAACGUAUUGUCGUGUCCAUGCCGGCCAUGGAGCAGGAGGGCAUUCCUACAGGUCCUGCAGAGUCCGAUCGACGCAGCCCCACCGCAACGGAGAUGGCUGCAGAACCUGCCCCAGAGCCUCCUGCCCUGAGCCCGGAGAUGAACCAGAGGCUGCCGCUGUACAGCCCCUACGGAAGACAUUUUGUUCCGCAAAGCACCGCACCUCUUCAUCCUGCAGUGUCCGCAGCGCAUGCACCAUACGCUGGGCUAAGUCCAGCGUGGGCAUGGUACCAGCCGCAGACGCAUGGGCACAGCGGCUCGCAGCUUCAAAGAGGGAGCUUCCUGCAGCCAGCUGCCGUACCGCAGCGCCUACCGCAAUUCCGGUAG